AUGGAAUCUGUUAGGCCUAAGAAGACUCAUAAGGCAAAAGAGGAUAUAAUCAGUAAGCUACCUGAUUCACUUAUAACUCACAUUCUCUCUUUGCUCCCUACAAAAGACGCGGUUCGGACAAGUGUGUUAUCUAAAAGAUGGAUAGAAAACUGGACAUUAAUCACCAAGAUAGAUUUUAAUGACACUGUAUUUUACAUUCGCAAGAGAAAGAAAUCACGUGGGAAACAAAGCUUCAUAAACUUUGUCUACAGAACUCUUGUUUUGACUAAACUUUACCGCACGGUGGAAAGUUUAUCUCUUUUCCUCACUAACAACGAGUAUGAUGCAACUAUGGUUAAUACAUGGAUCUCUAGCAUCCUGAAUCGGAGAGUAAAAAAACUUCAUAUUUGCACCAAUUUUGAAGUGCCUUUCUCUCCUCUUACAUGUCACUCCCUUUUUAAUCACUCCUAUAAUUUAGAAGAAUUGGAGUUGGAAAUGUAUUAUUGUACUAUCAAAGUUCCUUCUCCCCCAAGUUAUGGUUUUUUCAGUUUUGGAAAUCUAAAAGUACUCAAAUUGUAUGGAAUUAUAUUUAUCAUGGACAGAUCCUUACGCAUUAAUUUAGGAACUUUGGAAAAGUUUGAGAUAAAAAACUGCUCUUGGUUAAGUGCUUAUGAUGUCACGCUUGAAGCGCCUAGACUUGAAAGUGUUGUAAUAGUACAAGGCCUUGAGGCAGUAACUCGCGAGCCACGUAGCUGCACAAUUAAUUUUUCUGCAUCAUGUAUGAAAGAAUUCACUUAUAAAGGUUUUGGUGGUAUAUCACAACCCAUUGUUCUCUCAAAUUCAUCAGCCGCCCAUUUCGCUUCUAUUAAGAUUAGGUUGCAUACGGGUGGGAGUGAUGUUCAAGAAACUGGAUCACGCGCUUGUCUCCUUCUCAAACAAUUUAGUCAAGCGAAGCGUAUCGAAUUUCAAGGAUCAGAGGUUCUCCCACAGACAAAUAUGACUAUUCUACCAAGAUUUGCAAUGUUGAGCCAUUUGGAUCUUGGUUCUGUUAGUGGUGAAGUUCUGUUGAGCUUACUUCAAAAGUCUCCUAUUCUCAAUACUCUAGUUUUAAAGGAAAUAUCAAAAUUCGACCAAGAGCUUCUGAAUUCUGCUGCUGUGCCCGAGUGUUUGGCAUCAAGUCUCCAAGUUGUGAAAUUUGGAAGGGUCUAUGGAUCCGAGCAUGAGUUGUUUUUGGCUAAAUAUUUUAUGGAAAAUGGCGCAGUGCUUGAGAGGAUGAGUUUCUGUAUUCUUAGUGCAUGGCUGAGUAAAUCCAAGGCCAUUGAAGAAUUUAAGGAGAAGUUGUACGGUUUUAAGAAAGGAGUCUCUUUUGCUAUACUUGAAUUUUAUCAUUAG